AUGCUGGACGUCAACGACUUCAUUAAGGAACGCGGUGGUGACCCAGCAAAAAUCAAGGAGUCGCAACGCCGGCGAUAUGCCCCCGAACAGGUCGUGGACGAGGUGAUAGAAAUGUUCGAGGAUCACCGAAAAACCCAGUAUGCUGCGGCAACGGAAAUGGGUGCCAAGAUCAACAAGGUGCAGAAAGACAUUGGUUUAAACAAGAAGAACAAGGGCGAUCCGGAGGAGUUCAAGAAGCUUAUGGAGGAGAAGGACAGGUUGGCGGAAGAGAAGAAGCAGCUAGAGGAGUCGGCGCAACAGAAACACACUGCGCUGCUCAGAAAGGUGAAGACAAUAGGCAAUUAUGUGCACGAGUCAGUACCCGUCAACGAUAACGAGGACCACAAUGCAGUAAUCAGAAAAUGGGAGCCGGAAGGUGUGGCUGUGGAGAAGAAGGACUGUCUAUCACACCACGAAGUCUUGACGCGGUUAGACGGUUACGACCCGGAGCGAGGAGUCAAGAUUGUAGGCCACAGGGGCUACUGCUUGACCGAGUACGGCUUCUUCCUCAAUCGCGCAUUACAAAGCUACGGCAUGGACUUCCUCUUCGAGCGGAAAUAUAAACCCAAUCAACCGCCUUUCUUCAUGCUGCGGGAAGCUAUGGCGAAGACGGCGCAACUCGAGCAAUUCGACGAGGAGUUGUACAAGGUGACGGAGAAAGAGAACGAUCCGGCAAGCGACAAGUACCUCAUUGCGACAUCAGAGCAGCCCAUCUCGGCACUACACGAGGGCGAGUGGCUUAAUGCAACAGACCUGCCCAUCAAGUACGCCGGCUUCUCGACCUGCUUCCGGAAAGAGGCUGGCUCGCAUGGCAAAGAUGCGUGGGGUAUCUUUCGAGUCCAUCAGUUUGAGAAGAUAGAGCAGUUUGUAUUCUGCAAGCCAGAAGAUAGCUGGAAUCACUUUGAUGAGAUGAUUGCGACUAGCGAGGCGUUCUACAAGACAUUGAACAUUCCGUAUCGGGUUGUAGCAAUAGUUUCGGGUGCACUAAACAAUGCGGCGUCGAAAAAGUAUGAUCUGGAGGCGUGGUUUCCGUUCCAGGGCGAGUACAAGGAAUUGGUGUCGUGUUCGAAUUGCACGGAUUACCAGACGCGCGAGCUUGAGAUACGAUUCGGCCAGAAGAAACAAACUGACGCCUCGUUCCAAAAGUCAUACGUCCAUGCAUUGAACUCAACACUCUGCGCUACGGAGCGAGCUCUGUGUUGUGUGCUCGAGAAUUACCAGACAGAAGACGGUAUUGUUGUGCCGGAAGUGCUCCGAAAGUACAUACCAGGCCAGCCAGAGUUCUUACCUUUUACAAAGGAGCUACCGAAGGACAGCACCUCGCUUAAGGCGAAAGGCAAAGCUGAUAUGCCCAAGGGUGGUGGCACGCCGAAGCUGCCGAAGGAGGGUGAGGUGGUUGAGCGACCGAAGCAUAAGAAAGAGGAGCAGCUUUCGUGA